ACAAGUUUGAGGGAGAUUGGGAGUCACUCGGAUCCGCAGCCUGCUGCGAUCGGCAGGUAUGGGCUUGGACGGGCUCCUGGGACAAGCAUGUGGAGCGCUGUCCGCCCUGCUGGUGCUGAACAUCGGAGUCCGGCUCUCGGCGUCAACCCGCUGCCGGCCGGCGGCUCUCUCGACUCAAAGGGCUACAGGGCAAGGGGCGCUAACGUGGGGCAGCUGCAGUCGGUGGGGGAGACCCUGCCUCUGACCGAAAGUCCACCCGCAGGAAGACCUGGAGGCUCGCCGCUAACCGGACAAGACAGAGAAUCGAGCAGCGCAAGUCACAACCUGUCGACCGGAACCAGUUACUACAGCUGUGUUAGUCAGGUCACCAUAGGUUUCGACCUUGGGGGCCACACUGGAGUGUCGAUGCCUGCUUCGCAAGAUGGGCGACUGCCUACCCUGCCACACCAAUACACCCACAAGGAGUUUCGGCUGUGUCCUCCCAAGCCCUUUGCUUCCCAGCAGGAAUUCUCAGCGCCUGCAUCCUGCCCAGCCUCGCUCUCCAUCACUCCAGUGCCUUCGUACUGCAGCAGCAGCCAGGAGACCCUCAGCCUGGAGACUGAAGGUAUGAGUGUACCCAUUCAUGGGGCAGAAAACUGUGUUCAGGUUUAUCAUCGAAGAAUUGUGCCCAACUACCGGAAAUCCCCUCCCUUAUCCAGGGCCAGGAACUCGACACCACCUCCUGCCUCCAAGUCUGUGACCAUGGAUGGCUCCUCUAUGGGAUCAAUUGAUUCCGCAGUCAAUGGGAAACCCUACUCUCCAGUGGCAAGGGAUGUUAACAUUUACCUGGGCGAAUCUGAAGGGAGAGACAGCCCUUCGAAAGAUGAUGACUCCUUGCUCCAUCCUGGCAGUUAUACCAGUGCCUCCUGCGAUGCCAGCAGACUAGAAAUGGGCAUUGAGGAUGCGGCGACCCAGAAUAAAGGGAAUGGCCUGUUCUUCAGUGAUGGCAAGUGUCGCAUCGAUUACAUCCUGGUCUACAGGAAGUCCAGCGCACAAGCUGGGAAGCGGGAGAUGUUCGAGAGGAACCUCCGGGCUGAAGGACUGCACAUUGAGAAGGAGUCAUCAAUAACCAACGAUGAUGUAAUAUUUGUGAAGUUACACGCUCCAUGGGAGGUUCUUUGUAAAUAUGCCGAGUUAAUGAAUGUACGGAUGCCUUUCAGGAGAAAAAUCUAUUACCUGCAUCGGCGCUACAAGCUCAUGAGCAGGAUGGAGAGAAGUUUGAAUAGGUUUCGAGGGUGGUUUCCUAGGAAGCCGAUGAAGCUGGACGAGGACAUCUUACCCGACCUGGAGGACACGGACUGCUAUACUGCUCCCUUCAGCCAGCAGAGGAUGCACCACUUCAUUAUCAACAACACCGAUACAUUUUUCAACAACUCCACAAGGAGUAGGAUCCUUUACCACAUUCUACAGAGAGUUAAAUACGAGGAGGGCAAGAACAAAGUAGGCCUCAGUCGGUUACUUGGCAACAACACCUAUGAAGCAGCAUUCCCACUUCAUGAGGGAAGUUACAAAAGCAAUAAGUCAGUAAAGACCCACAGAGGUUUAAACCACCGCCAUCUGCUGUAUGAAUGUUGGGCGUGGUGGGGGGUCUGGUACAAAUUCCAGCCGCUCGACCUGGUCAGGCGCUAUUUUGGGGAGAAGAUUGGCCUCUACUUUGCCUGGCUGGGCUGGUACACUGGAAUGCUCUUCCCUGCUGCUGCCGUCGGCUUAAUCGUGUUUCUCUACGGAGUCUUCACCAUUGAUCACUGCCAAGUGAGUAAAGAAAUUUGUGAAGCAACAGAAAUCAUUAUGUGUCCGCUCUGCGACCGGCACUGUGGCUACCAGCGGUUAUCACACAGCUGUCUCUAUGCCAAGGUGACGCAUCUGUUUGACAACCAAGCGACUGUGUUCUUUGCCGUUUUCAUGGCCGUCUGGGCCACAGUCUUCCUGGAGUUCUGGAAACGCAGACGAGCUGUCAUUGCCUACGACUGGGACUUGAUUGACUGGGAAGAGGAGGAGGAUGAAAUCCGCCCACAGUUCGAGGCGAAAUACUCCAAGAAGGAGCGUGUCAACCCGAUAUCAGGAAAGCCAGAACCUUACCAAGCGUUCACAGACAAAUGCAGCAGGAUUAUCGUAUCAGCUUCUGGAAUAUUCUUCAUGAUCUGUGUGGUAAUCGCUGCGGUGUUCGGUAUUGUCAUUUAUCGAGUGGUGACGGUCAGCACCUUUGCAGCAUUUGAGUGGGCUCUGAUCCGCAACAACUCGCAGAUCGCCACAACAGGGACGGCAGUCUGCAUCAACUUCUGCAUCAUCAUGCUUCUGAACGUGCUGUACGAGAAAGUAGCUCUUUUGCUGACCAAUUUAGAACAGCCUCGGACAGAGUCGGAGUGGGAGAACAGCUUCGCGUUGAAGAUGUUUUUGUUCCAGUUUGUGAAUUUGAACAGCUCCACGUUUUACAUUGCAUUCUUCUUGGGGAGGUUGACGGGACGUCCUGGAGCGUACCUGAGAGUGCUGAACAGGUGGAGGUUGGAAGAGUGUCACCCAAGCGGCUGCCUGAUCGACCUCUGCUUGCAGAUGGGAAUCAUCAUGGUGCUAAAACAGACCUGGAAUAACUUCAUGGAGCUCGGCUACCCGUUCCAGCGGGCUCUCAAAAAGGUUUUUGGAAAAAUCCGGCUUAUUCAGAAUUGGUUAGCGAGAAGAAAGCUGAGACAAGACCAUCAUGACCCAAGCAAGCCAACCUUUCCUCAGUGGGAGAAGGAUUACAACCUGCAGCCCAUGAAUGCCUAUGGACUAUUUGAUGAAUAUUUGGAGAUGAUUCUUCAGUUUGGAUUUAUCACAAUUUUUGUGGCAGCUUUUCCAUUGGCCCCACUCCUCGCCCUUCUCAACAACAUCAUCGAAAUCCGGCUGGACGCGUACAAGUUUGUCACACAGUGGAGGAGGCCUCUGGCUUCCAGAGCCAAAGACAUAGGGAUCUGGUAUGGAAUUCUGGAAAGCAUUGGAGUGCUGUCAGUCAUUACCAACGCCUUUGUCAUUGCUGUGACCUCAGACUUCAUCCCUCGCUUGGUGUAUGCCUAUCAAUACGGACCUUGUGCUGGACAAGGAAAGGCAGGAGAAAAGUGCAUGGUGGGUUACGUCAACGCCAGCCUCUCUGUGUUCCUGGUGAUGGAUUUUGAACCGCGCUCUGAACCAUUGUCGAAUGGCACUGACAACUUUGGGACUGAAGUGAAAUACUGCAGGUACCGUGACUACAGGGAGCCUCCCAACUCGAAACAGCCUUACGCAUACACGAUACAGUUCUGGCACGUGCUAGCGGCACGCCUAGCGUUCAUUAUCGUAUUUGAGCAUUUGGUUUUCUCCAUUAAGACGUUGAUUGCCUACAUGAUUCCUGACCUACCGAAGAACCUACGGGACAGGAUGCGCCGCGAGAAGUAUCUCAUUCAGGAAAUGAUGUACGAGGCGGAGCUGGAGAGGCUGCAGAAGGAACGCAGCGACAGACGGAAAAGUGGGAUGGGCUCUCACAACGAAUGGCCAUGAGCGUGAUCCACGGAGGUGAAAAGAAUCCCUUGCCCCUCUCGUUGCCACUCGAGUUAAGGCCUCCUCUGCAUAUUGUGCAGCUGUUCCCUGCAGCUCCUGCAAGCAGCCAUCCGCAGACUGAGUAACUGCAGCCCCAAUGCAUGCCAGGGAAUGAAUCGCCCGCCCGCUGGAGGAGGAACUGUGAAGACAUGACAUCCCCUCAGUACUUAGGACUCUAGUCAGCAUGUCGACCAUGUUAUUCAUAAUUUAAUGCAAUUCUGUGUGCCGGCUUUUAACUUAAAAGGGGUAACUGUUUUACACAGGUUUGCUACAUAUCUCAGUUCAACACCUCUCUCUCUCUCUCAUUGAUGAUGCCAGACUUUUACACAGUGUCCCAUUCAAAAUGUAAAUAAGAAUUUCUGAGAACUAUUUUGCAUAAUUUCUCCAUCCCACGUCUCCAAACUAGCAAUUAGAAUAACAACCUUGUUUACCGAUCUUUUUUUUAAACUUCCUGAAUUUGCUGCUUUUGACUAGUUAAUGGGUUGGAUGUAUAAUGCAAACUACUUGUAAAUAACUCAAAGUAAAAUGAUGAAUUGUCAUGAUUAAAAAUGAGUUCAUAAACAUAAGCCAUAUUUAAUGCUUGUAUGAUGUGAUGCAGAGAUUCAAAUAAACAGGCAUAUAGACUUUGAAGAUGGUUUCCAUUUUUGUA